AUGACAGACCUGCAGGAAAUUUGGAACGGCGCUUGGAAAAUCACUAAGCCGGCGGGCGAGGCAAGGGGCGAACCACCACCGGGUUUCCGUUCCUCUCCAAGCCCACUGCCACCAGAGCUUCCCAAACCUCCGGUGCCAUACACUACCGGAUGGAGGUUCACUGCAGAGUCUCAUAGUGCCCCAAAUCCAACGCUGGUUACACGAGGCUGUUGCAAGAAUAGUGAAAGCGACAAGAUAGAAAGAAAACAACUGAGUCCAGUCGAGCGAUGUUUGAAGCGACCCCCCUUGCCCGGGGGUAAAGGAAAUGAUUCUAUCAGGCUGGAAGUCAUCAAGCUUUUAAAAGGGGGCGAUGGCCACAACUCGCAAGUAUUCACUGUCCGGCUAAUCGCGCCAGCAGCCUCUCAAUCGCUCCCUCAGGAAGGCACAGAACUCGUUGCGAAUAUAUAUGACCCACUUUAUUUUGGCGAUGAUGAAGGGCUUCUCAAUCCAUUCCUCUGUAUGGACAAAUACUACACCCACGAAGCCAAUGCAUACAAAGCCCUUGGCGAGCUUCAUAAUUGCGGUAUCCCAAAAUACUAUGGUUCAUACUCCUUAGACUUACUUGUGGAUUCAACACGUAAACGGACAGUCAGAAUGAUUCUCAUCGAGCACGUUCGAGGAAUGACCAUGGCAGAUGCUGAACCGGAAUGGUUCUCUCAGAAUGCCCGUCAACAUAUCAUGAAAACGAUUGUCGACCUCGAGAGCAGGAUAUAUGAAAAGGAUAUUUGGCUCGUCGACCUGGAGCCACGGAACAUCAUCAUCAGAUCUGUAGUGGAUUAG